AUGAGCAACGUCGAUGGCGUCAUUUACGACCAGGGUGUUCUCUAUGUCAACAUGCCCGGGAACGUCAACGAGCAUGGCAUCCCGGGGGUAUACAGAAAGACGGUCAUCGGUCUCCAGGACCUGAACGCGACGCUUGAGGACGAAGAGCCUCCUUAG